AUGUUACCGCCGGUGGCAGCAAAAAGACAUAGUAUAUUUCUUGGCCCUCAGCCUACUCGACAUACAUUCAAUUUGGGCUUUGCUGAAAAUGAUGUACCACAAUUAUUUUGUCAAUUGGAUGUACUUCGUCGAUCAGAAGAAGGAGUUGAAUAUGCUUAUUGGAAAGAGAAAGCACGUUGGGUACGUUUUGAAGAAAUAGCAGAAAAUGUUCUUGGUCGUUGGUCAAAACCUCAUGUAGCAACAUUGAUGCAAACAGCUUUAUCAGAUUUAAAAAGUUUAGUAAAUAAUGGAAUUAUUCUUCUUAAUGUUCAAGGAACUGAUUUAACAGCAAUUUCACAAACAAUUGGUCAAGCACUUAUUGAUUCGAAUUAUAUUGAUGAUGUAGAUAAAGCUCAAAAAAUUGUUUGGAUUCUUGGUUUACCACAUUUUCAUCAUCAUGAAAAACGUUCUGUUAUGAAAACUGCAAGUUCAGUUAGUUUAAGUAAACAAGGUCUUCAUCAAAGUCCAAGUUUUAUUAUUAAUCAUCUUUCACGACGAGAUGAUGAAGUUGAUAAUGCACAAGAUAUGUCAGCACUACAUUUAAUUAGUAAACCAUCAACUCAAGAUAUGUUAUUAGCCGAACAUAGUGAAACAAAUGGUACGCCAGAACGAUCGGCCAAGGAUUAUAAUGUAAAAUUACAACGAAAAUUAAGUCGUAAAACUGAAGGUGCAUCUAUAUUAAUAUGUCCAGUUGAUUUUGUUCGUGAAUCAGCAAUUGUAUUUGUACGUCUUGAAAAUGCUAUUGAAUUAUUAGGAAUGCUUGAAAUAAAACUUUAUUCACGUUUCGUUGUUCUUUUAAUUGGACCUGAAGAAAAUGAAAAACAAUUAUUACAAGUUGGACGAACAGUGGCAACAAUAUUAACUGAUGAUAUAUGUAGAGAAUUUGCUUAUACAUCAAAAGAUUCUCAAGGUAUUUUGGAUAUGAUGGAUAGAUUUAUGCAAGAUACAUAUGUUCUUCCACCAUCGGAAUGGGAUCCAACAAUUCGUAUUGAACCACCAUCACAAUAUAUGAGCAAAGAACAACGACAAGCUCAAGUACCAACAGAAACAGUAGGACAAGUUGAGGAGAUUGAUUUAACUCCUCAUACAGAUCCAAAUUUAAAAGCAUCAAAAAGACCAUUUCAUGGUCUUUUCGUCGAUAUUAAAAAUAAAAUACCAUUUUAUAUAUCUGAUUUUACUGAUUGUGCUAGUUUACAAUGUAUAGCAGCUACACUUUAUUUAUAUCUUGUUUGUCUUUGUUCAGUUGUUGCUUUUGGUGGUAUGCUUGGAACAGCAACAGAAAAUUAUAUGGCUACAAUGGAAUGUAUUCUUUCAGCUUCAAUCAGUGGUAUUCUAUAUGCUUUAUUUUCUGGUCAACCAUUAAAUAUUCUUUCGGCAACUGGUCCUAUGUUAAUUUUAGAACGUAUAUUAAAACAUAUGUGCGGAGAUUAUCAUCUUGAUUUUCUUGAAUUUCGUUUAUGGAUUGGUGUUUGGGUAUUUGUACUUUUAUUUAUAUUUGUUGUAUUUAAUUUAAGUUUUCUUGUUAAAUAUAUAACACGUUUUACUGAAGAUUGUUUUGCAUCAUUAGUUGCAACAAUAUUUAUUUAUGAUGCUAUACGUGAAAUUUUAAACAUUCGUAAAACAUAUCCAAUUAAUUAUGAACGAAAUAGUAUAUUUAAUUAUACAUGUUCAUGUGUAAAUAUAACUUCAAUUCAUAAUAAAACAAUAGUUCAUGAUACACAUAUGAUAAAUUAUUUAUUAAGUACAACAAAUUUAAAUCAAACAUUUCAAAAUGCAUGUAUAAACGUAGGUGGUUCUAUAAUUGGUCCAAAAUGUUCACCACCUGUUUAUUAUGCUGAUAUAUUCUUUUAUUCUUUAAUUUUAUUUAUGAUUACAUUUUCUAUUUGUAUGGGUUUACAAGAAUUUCGUCAUAGUAAAUUUUUUCCAUCAAAAAUUCGAACUAUUCUUGGAGAUUUUUCUGUAUUAAUUGCUAUAGUAUUAAUGUCAGGAUGGGAUUCAUAUUUACAUUUAAAUACACCAAAAUUAAAAGUACCAAAUGAAUUAAAACCAACAUUACCACAUGAACGUGGAUGGUUAAUACCAUUUUUUGGUAAAAAUCCUAUAUGGUCAAUACCAAUAGCAAUUAUUCCAGCAUUAAUAGCAACAAUACUUAUAUUUAUGGAUCAACAAAUAACAGCUGUUAUUAUAAAUCGAAAAGAAUUUAAAUUAAAAAAAAAACUUGGUUAUCAUCUUGAUUUAUUUGUUUUAUCUCUUACAGUAUUAUUGCAAUCAUUACUUGGUUUACCAUGGUUUGUAGCAGCUACAGUUUUAGCAUUAACACAUGUUAAUGCAUUAAAAAUUAUGAGUGAAAAUACAGCACCAGGAGAAAAACCAAAAUUUGAAGGCAUUAUUGAACAACGUGUUAGUGCACUUUUAAUGGCUAUUUUAACUGGUCUAAGUGUAUUCUUCACUAAUGUUUUAUCUCAUAUCCCAAUGCCUGUUCUUUAUGCUGUUUUCAUGUUUAUGGGUGUAUCAGCUCUACGAAAUAUGCAAAUUUUUGAUCGAGUUUUAUUAAUGUUUAUGCCACAAAAACAUCAACCUGAUUAUCCAUAUUUACGUCAUGUACGUAUAACACGUGUUCAUUUAUUUACGGCUAUACAAGUUGUUUCACUUGCUGGUAUGUUUGCUAUAAAAAGUGUUAAAUCAAUCGCAAUUGGUUUUCCAGUAUUGGUACUUGCAACAUGUUUUGUACGUAAAUUAAUGGAUAAAAUAUUUACACAAGAAGAACUUUUUUGGCUUGAUGAUAUAUUACCUGGUACUAAACUUGGUCGUGUUCGUCGUACAUCAGCUGCUCGUCAUGUUCAUAUGGAAAAAAAAAAUAAUGAUGAUGAUAAUAAUGAAACAAUAACACCACCAAUUGUUAAAUUUGACGUUGAUAUUAAUCGAGAUAUAACAGGAAAUAAUCUACGAAGCAUUGCAGAGAUUAUAAAAGAUACAUCAAUGAAACAAGAUUAUAUCAAUGAUGGUCAUAUGCCAACUAGUGAUUCUGAUCAAUCACAUGCUCCAUUGAUUGUUGUCACAGAAGCAUUACCAUCAGAGGAAUUAGAAGAAGAAGAAAAAACUGAAGAAGCUGAACAUUUAAUUCAUCGUGAAUUACCACCAGAACAAUAUCAUAAUUCUAAUGGUAAUAUGAAACAUAAAAUUAGUUCCACAUCGGUAUAA